GACGACGGCCGCGUCCACCGCAACCUGCAGACAACCGAUAAAGCCAUCACCACGACCACCGCACAAACGCAGAGAUAAUACUAUCGUCACGAUGUCGUCCACGUACGUGUUUGCGCUGUCGCUGUUCGCAUCGGCCGUUAUCGGCAUCGCCGCAGCUUCCGUGGCACCGUCGCAACAACAACAGCGGCGGCUGCAAGAGGACGGCGGCGCGGCCGGCGCGGUCCUGUGGUCGGUGCUGGACGACUGUUUCCUCGGCGACGGCGACGCGCCCGCCACCGUGUGCCUCAAGUCCAAAGCGCUGACGGCCUUGGACCGGGCCCUCGGCAAGGCCACCGUGGCCGUCGCGGACGGCGUGACGCUGACCGCCCGGGCCGGCAAGUCGCUGCAGCCCGUCGACCCGCAAGCCGAGCGGGCCGACCGCGCCGCCCUGGACGCGGCCCCGGACGCCGACGCCAAGAACGCCCUGCUGGACGACAUGCUGGCCAGCCGCAUGGACAGGCUCAUGUCGACCAGGACCAUCGUGCUGGACGGAGCCGGCCAAGAAGGUCGCAAGAAGAAGGACAAGGCCAUGCAACAGGCCAUGAUGAUGGCCGGUAUGAUGGCCGCCGGGGUCAUGGGCCCGAUGGCGUUGAAGAUCAUCGCCCUGAUGGCCGGCAAGGCGCUGUUGAUAAGUAAAAUCGCAUUGCUCCUGUCCGGCUUGAUCGCGCUCAAGAAACUGUUCCAGCCGCAGCAAAGUGGCGGACACGAGCAUAUCGUCGAGGCGGCGCCGUCCGGUCACCAUUACGGCCGCAGCAUCGACGCCCAUCGCGCGGCGUAUUCGGGCCAAAUCCAAUAGUUGAUUGAAGCAGACAAUUUAUGUUGAUAAUAUCGCAAUCUUACUACUAUAUGUACGAGGACGCGAUACUGCCAAUACAGUUAUGACAUAUUAAUAAUAAUUAUUAUUAUUAUUGUAUACGUGUGGUUGCCACCACUAAUUAAUUUAUUAUUUAUUUAUUUAUCUAUUUAUCAAUAAAUCGAGCCUACGAUGUAUUCGUCAUUUCGAAUACCGUAGUGUAUAAAAUAUGUUUAUAAAUGUAUUAACAUAUAAACAUGAAUUGACUAUAUUAUGUAUUAUUGUUAUAAUUUGUAUAACGAAACAUCUUA